AUGAACUUCCUCCGACGCCGUCUCUCGGACAGCAGCUUCAUGUCCAACCUGCCCAAUGGCUACAUGUCAGACCUCCAGAGGCCUGACCCACCUGCUCCUCCUCCCCCCACCGCCACCUCCCCUUCCCAACAGGGUGCAGUAACUGGCUCGGCACCUGCCCCUGCCCUAUCCCCCACCAAAACUCCAGCACCGUCCCAGGUGCCAGCCAGCUCCCCCACACCUCAGGAGCGGCGUCCGUCCCAGCUGACUCAACAACAGUCUCAACAGGCCCAGUCCUCCUCCUCUGGUGGUUCUUCUGGCUUCUUCAGCUCCUUCAGCUCCAUCAGCUCCAUUACCAAUGUGGUCAAACAGACGGCUGCCUCUGCUGCUGGGUUUGUGGAGCAGUCAGCACCCUCUCCAUCACUCUCCAAGAAGUUCAAGAUCCUGCUGGUCAUUGAUGAGCCUCAGCAUGAGUGGGCCAAAGUGUUUCGGGGAAAGAAAGUCAUCGGGGAGUACGACAUCAAGGUGGAGCAGGCUGAGUUCUCAGAGAUCAACCUCGUCUCGCAUUCAAAUGGAACCUGUAAUGUGGACAUGCAGGUCAUCAGGGGCGGGACCAAAGUGGUCAGGUCUUUCAAGCCUGACUUUGUGUUGGUGCGGCAGCAUGCCUUUAGCAUGGCCCAGAAUGAGGACUUCAGGAACUUAAUCAUCGGUCUUCAGUAUGCAGGCGUCCCCUCUGUCAACUCUCUGGACUCCAUCUACAACCUCUGUGACAAACCUUGGGCUUUUUCCCAGCUGGUCAGUAAUCAGAAGAAGCUGGGAUCAGAUAAGUUCCCUCUUGUUGAUCAGACGUUCUACCCCAACUAUAGAGACAUGAUUACAACACCGAGUUUCCCAGUAGUCGUGAAGAUCGGACAUGCCCACUCUGGAAUGGGAAAGGUCAAAGUGGACAAUGUGAGUGACUUCCAGGAUAUUGCAAGUGUGGUGGCCAUCACUCAGACCUACUGUACUACAGAGCCAUUUGUAGAUGCCAAGUACGACAUCAGAGUCCAGAAAAUCGGUGCUGACUAUAAGGCAUACAUGCGGACAUCCAUCUCUGGUAAUUGGAAGAGCAACACCGGAUCUGCCAUGUUAGAACAAGUAGCCAUGACUGACAAGUAUAAGCUGUGGGUUGAUACCUGCUCAGAUAUCUUUGGAGGGCUGGAUAUCUGUGCCGUCAAAGCCAUCUGUGGGAAGGAUGGUAAUGACUACAUUACUGAGGUUGUGGGUUCAUCUAUGCAGUUAAUCGGUGAUCACCAGGCAGAAGACCGCCAGCUCAUCUCAGAGGUGGUGCUAGCUAAGAUGAACCAAGCACUGCCUGCCAAGACAUCAGGAGCUUCCCGCUCACCUGCCCGAUCCCCUCAAGGCCAGAAGCCAACUACUGUGCAACCCCAGCAGAAUGCUGCCCUUAAGGAAGGACUGGCAGAUCCCAACAUGACCAGUAGCCAGCGCCCUCAACCUCAAGGUGCACCAGUGAAAUCACAGAGCGUUGACCCAUCACCACAGUCAGCUAGGAGAGUAUCUGAACCAGCACCAAAGCCCAUCCAGAAACCUGGUCCAGGUCAAGCUCAGAAACCAGUUCAAAGUCAGAAGCCAAGCCCGGUCCAAAAGUCUGCCUCAGUCACAAAGCCUCCCGUGCCAAGGCCUCCCCCGAUGACGAGAGCCCCAUCCGUUGCAAAGUCAGCCCCAGAUUCUGCUUCCAGCACAACCCCAGCCAGAGCUUCACCAUCAUCCCCAGCUAAAUCAGCAGCAGCCGCAGCUCCGAGCUCUCCCAAAACCAAAGCAGCAGCAGCCCCAGCCCCAGCCCCAAGCCCAGCCAAAGCCCAAGUCCCAGCCGCAGCCCCAUCUCCAACCCCAGCUCCAGCCAAAGCCCCAGCCUCAGCCCCAGCUCCAGCCCCGGCCUCUCCCCCAAUCUCAGCUCCCACCACAGAGCAGCCCAAGCCCCAGCCUCAGGGCUCCCCAUCCCCAGCUCCAGGCAAACCAAAAGAGCUGCCCCCCAAACCCACACCACCGGCAAAGCCCAUCCCUCCUGUGCGCAGGAAUUCCAGGCCGCAGCUCCAGCCAAAGCCCCAAACCUCGCCGCCUCCCAAAAUUUCACCUAAACCGCAGCCCGCUACCCAAACCCCAGCACCCACUCAAGCCUCAGAUACUGCCUCGGCCCCUGCCCCAGCACAGGUGCAGUCCCCAGUCAAAGCCAGUCAGUCCCCACCUAGUGUCCAGUCUCCAGCUAAGGCUCAGCCCCAGACCAAGCCACCCUCUCCUUCCCCAAACCCUGAGCCCGUCCCAGCUGAAGCUGAAGCAGCCGCAGCGCCCGAUGAGGCCCAAGCCCCUGUGGAAGAACAGCCAGGAUCCCAGCAAAAGACCCAUCCUCUGCUGAAUAAGUCCCAGUCCCUGACCAAUGCCUUCAACGCCUUCAGCGACUCUUCUUUCUUCCGCGGGGUCUCAAGCUCUGGAGGCGACGGCCAAGAAGAGGCGAAGGCCGAGACCAUUCGCAACCUCCGAAAGUCCUUCGCCAGCCUUUUCUCUGACUAG